AUGAAAGAAGUUAAAAUAAAGAUCAACGUGGAGAAAAUAUUCACAGCAUGCCAGGGCAUCGAGCCCACCGAUGAUCUUCUGAAGUACGACACUCCAAAAGACUACAGAGAUCUGAUAGAUCGCAUAUUCAAAGACAGCAUUGAGAUAGCAAGUGAUGCAGAUGAUAAGAUAGCAAGCAGUGCAGAUAAUGAGAUAGCAAACAGUGCAAGUAAUGAUAAAGAAAAAGAGUUGAUCUUGAAGAUACUUAACAACAGAGUACGAGAAUUCUUUACAUACAAUAUAUUUGGAAGAUAUGACAUACAUGAUUUAUAUAAGUCACUGAAGGAUAAAAAACUAGAGAAAGUAAGAAAACAUUCUAUCGACAUAAUUAAUGAACUUAUAAAGCCAAACACAUUUAUAUACAACCCUCAGGAUGGAAUACACAUACAGCAUAGCAAAGAUAAUAUACCCUGUGAAUAUGUGUUCACAGGAGAUGAAAUAUCUGCUCUACACCCAAGAACAUACACUUUGAAGAUAGAUUGCACUGACUCUUCAACCUUGGACAGCAUACUGCACCUCACCACAAAGAGCAAGGACAGAGAGUUUUUCUGUCGUUUUUCAUACUUACUCUUCUCAGAGCACUCAAAGUAUAUCCCGAGAAAUAAGAACAAAGACAUAAAUAUUUUAAAGAAAUACUCACCAAAGAAAAAGAAAUACUCCAUAUACGACCUUUACAACCAGCACGCAGACGAUGGCACACUGCUGGUGGACCACGGGCUGAAGCUCAUAUACAACAAAUACUACGAGAUUCUCGAGCUAUGUGAGACCGUUGAAAAGAUGAAGGUUAACUCCGAUAGCAGAGAGUUGAUACUUGGCAAAAUUAGGGAUACACUUGAUGAAGGAGAGCUAAGAAUAGUCACUUCCAUCAUUGAUAACAUAGAUGAAAUAAAAAAUGAAAAAAACACACAAAAGGGCAUGAUUUCUGCAAUAGAGUACAUGGCGGACAAUAACAUUCUUCUAGGUGAAAAGGAUAUGCCGAAAGUCCUGAAUAUAAACAGUGACCUAAGCAACUUUAGAAAAGAAUAUUUAGACGACCCUAAAGGUUUGAAGGAGAAAGUAAGUGAAAGAGAAGAUAGUCUAAAUAAAGAAAUAGAAGCAAUAGAAACAGAUCAAAAUAAUAAAGAGAAGAUACUCGAACAGGCUAAGAGAGAGGGAAAGAGCGCAGGAGAGAUUGAAGGACUAGAGCAUUCGAUUGAUGAAUUAAGCUACGAAAUUUAUUUGUUAGAGGAUAAAUUAAAAAAACAAAUAGUGCAGCUUAGCAAUGUUAAUUUUAACAUGCAUUUCUAUGACUCCAUGGAGCCAAUCCAGCAAAAGCAUAUCCUCAAAAAGAUAGGAGAAGUAGCGCUAAGAAAGAAAAUAGAGCUAAGAGUAAAAAAAAUCUUCAGAAUAGUAAUAACCCGCAGACAGUUGGCUUAUAUUUCUAUAGUGUUGACAGUAGUGCUUAUAACGCUGGGAAUAAUAUUCUCAGGCUAUAUCCUAGACAAUGAAAUAAAAGUUGGCCGAAUAAUCAGCCGCUGA